AUGCAAUUUCAUACUGCUCUUACUCUGCUCAGCCUCUGUGCUGUAGCCUUGGCCAAGGACAAGGUCGAGGACCACGACCUUCCAGCAGCUUGCCGCAGCAACACCAGUUGCCAGCAGGUUGUGAGCUUCUCUCGCUCUUGUGAUGGGUCCACAAACGGCGACGAUGCUCGUCGCAGCUGCGCUUGCGGCACUGCCAACGCGCAGGCGUUGUUGAACGACUGCGCCACUUGUGUUUUCCAGAACGGUGGCGGCAAUGAUCACGAUAACGAUGUCACGGAUUUGAUGUCUUCUUGUGGGUGGGCCUACAACUCACCCGCCACAACCACCCUCACGGGCAGCGCCGGCGCUACAGUCACUGGGUCUCCAACCACUGCCAGAGGUGGUGAUGACUCUACUCGUACCCGAACUGGCGAUGACUCCGGCCGUACCAGGACAGGGGAUGACUCUACCAGUACCAGAACAGGAGAUGACUCGACCCGUACCAGAACAGGGGACGACUCUACUCGUACCAGGACUGGGGACGACUCUACCAGUACCAGAACAGGAGAUGACUCGACCCGUACCAGAACAGGGGACGACUCUACCAGUACCAGAACAGGAGAUGACUCGACCCGUACCAGAACUGGAGAUGAUUCUGCCACCACUCGUACCGCUUCUACUUCAGCAACUACAGUAUCUACCACUUUCAGGAGUGGAGAUGACUCUACCUCUACCCGCUCUCGCACCUCAUCUACUACGGCGGGAGCGGCUAUCACCGCCAGUCCAGUUCAAGCCGCGGCGCCUGGUGUGAGCGCAGGUCUAGGAGUCCUCGCCGGGGCCGCGCUCGCGAUCCCGAUCCUACUUUGA